AAAGUAGCGGAGCUGAGAUACAGUGAGAUCAGCUGGAGCUCAGAUCACAGGCUGCCAGGGCACCUCCAGCAGAUCAGAGCACGGGAACCCUCUACUUCAUUCCCAGGCCUCUUCCCCCACCCCCCAGUCAGUCAGGACUGACCUCCCACAUUCUUUCAUCAAGGGAAAAGUGUUGACCCAUCAUGGAAGGGAUCCAACUUGUUGUAUCUACUGCGCGAGCUGCCUACAAUCAGGGGAAAAGCCGGCCUCUGAAGUUCCGCAUCCAGCAGCUGAAGGCGCUGGAGAGAAUGCUCGAUGAGAAAAAGGAGGAAUUUUUAGUGGCGCUGAGAAAGGAUUUACACAAGAGUACAUUUGAUGUGGAGAUCUUUGAAAUUGCUGGCAUUCUGAAUGAGAUUUCCCUGGCCAUCACCAAGCUCCCUGAGUGGACUGCACCAGAGUACGUGUCAAAGAGUACAAUGACGUUAAUGGACACUGUUUAUAUCCAUCGAGAACCUCUCGGAGUGGUGCUGAUCAUAGGAGCCUGGAACUAUCCCUUGGCUCUUAUAGUCCAGCCUCUAAUUGGGGCGAUUGCAGCAGGAAAUGCCGCGGUCUUGAAGCCAUCAGAAGUGAGUGAGAAUACGGCCCGUUUACUGGGGGAGCUCCUCCCUCAGUACUUGGAUAAGGAUCUUUACCCUGUCAUUAACGGAGGGGUGGCUGAGACGACAGAGCUGUUGAAGCAGCAGUUUGAUCACAUCCUGUACACGGGCAGUACCAACGUUGGCCGGAUCGUCAUGGAGGCUGCGGCCAAACACCUGACCCCUGUGACCCUGGAGCUUGGCGGGAAAAGUCCGUGUUACAUUGAUGCUGACUGUGACCUGGACGUGGCCUGCAGACGUAUUGCUUGGGGAAGGUACACGAACAGUGGUCAGACCUGCAUCGCUCCAGACUACAUCCUGUGUAGUAACAAUAUCCAGGAUGAAGUGGUGAAGAAGAUUGGCUCAGCCAUCUCCGAAUUUUAUGGAGCUGAUCCCAAGAAAUCCCCGGAUUAUGCACGUAUCAUCAACAAACGACAUUUUAAAAGACUGAUGUCAUUGCUGGAGGGAGUGAAUGUGAUGUUUGGUGGUCAAAGUGAUGAAGAGGAUCUCUACAUAGCUCCCACGAUUGCGACUGAUGUGGAUCCCAGCUCCAGGAUUAUGCAGGAGGAGAUCUUCGGCCCAUUGUUGCCCAUCGUCACGGUCAAUAAUGCCGACGAGGCCAUUCACUUCAUCAAUAAGAGGGACAAACCUUUGGCGCUUUACAUCUUCUCUCACAACAAAACGUUAAUCAAGAGGAUGAUCGCAGAGACUUCCAGUGGAGGUGUAACCGUCAACGACUGCUUGAUCCAUUACAGCGUUGACACGCUCCCGUUUGGGGGUGUGGGAAAAAGUGGCACCGGGGCGUACCACGGUAAAUUCAGCUUUGAAACCUUCAGCCACCGCCGCGCUUGUGUGUUGAAGUCGCUGGGAAUGGAGAGAAUGAACAGUGUCCGCUACGCACCGGCCACUGAUUCCAAACGGAAAUGGGCCCUUUGGCUGCUGAAGAAACAAAGUUGUGAAAUAAUGUAACUGACAGUGAAUCACAGGCUGCCAAAUGAGGAUUUACUGCUUUGAAAGACAUUUGGAGCUAACACUGUUAUGCACUUUGACCUCCUGGACACACAUGUGAGGCUGAUUUAUUUUUUCCCGAGCCGUUGAUUCACAGAGAAUUGGGAUAGAUUUAAGUUCUCAGAACAUUCUGACCAAAGUAAUCUUGCAAUUCAAGAAUACUCCACUCAAUAGCAGUGAUGUGCCAUCAUCUUUCAUGGGACAAUGAUGACCCUUGCACCAGCACAAACACAAUGGUCUGCACCAUAAUUUAUCUGAUUCUUUAUCUGUAAAUAUCCUGGGACUAAUAAUUACUCUGUUUUGAACUGUGGUUUUUAUUUUUACGAAGAUUUAAACACUAAUUCACUUGUGAUAAAUUUAAGCUGCGUUUCAUUUGUUCUGUGUGUCUCUGUGUCAUUUAGAAUGUUUUUGUUUUGUGUGGAUUGUGUGUGACCCUCUCUCAAGGCUCCUCUAAAAUGUUGGGUGAGUGCACCACUUGUGUUUCCUCCUCCAUUUGGUAGAAUAUUCUAGCCAGCUUGCUGGAAGACAUGUUGUCCAAUUAUGUAUAUGAUCCAAGUUUAAUGGACUGCUUUUCCUUUUUUGCUUUUACUGAUCUGUAUGCUUUGUAGCCUUUGGUCCAGGCAUCCUGAAGCACUCCUUUUUUUUUAGGAUGUAUCUUUCUUUUUAAGUUUUAUUACAUCUUCAACAGUUGACCUUGAUGGAUAAAUCUGAAAUCAGAAUACCUACAGUGCCAAGAGCAACUCUUUCUAAACAUACUGCAACAUUGAUAAAGUUGGCUGGUCUUCAAGUUUGUCAGAAGCAGCUGUUUGAAGUGUCCUUCUGUUUUGAGCGCUGUCUCUGCCUGUGCACACCAUAAAUCAAACAGACCUAUGUGUUUUUUUGGGGGGCGAGGGGCAGAUAAAGACAAAGCAGGUGUUUAUCUUUCAGGCUGACUGCAUACUCAGCCUCCUGUGUGUGGCAUCUUAUUUCUAGUUGUUUUCCCAGUUGUCCUUCAGCCACUUAAUGCUACAGAUCCCACACUGAAUUUUAGACAGCGAUGUCAGUCUGUGAAUAAUCUCCAAAGGCUGUGGAUCCACUCCAGAGAUUUCAGCUCAAAACCAAGCCCGACCAUCCCAAUGCAGUGCUGAGGGAGUGCAGUGGAACCAUAUUUUGUUUGCUGUAUUAAGCAGAUUUGGCUUUUUUUAAAAAAAAAUCUCCCAUGGUCUUAGCAAGUUUUGUAGCUCAGGUUGAGGUUUGCUUGCUGAGCUGAAAGGUUCAUUUCCAGGCAUUUCAUCACAAUACUAGGUAACAUGAUUAGAUUACAUUAGAUUCCCUACAGUGUGAAAACAGACCCUUCAGCCCAACAAGUCCACACCGACCCGCCGAAGAGUAACCAAUCCAGUCCCAUUUCCCUCUGACUAAUGCACCUAAAACUGCAGGCAAUUUAGCAUGGCCAAUUCACCGGACCUGCACAGCUUUGGACUGUGGGAGGAAACCAGAGAACCCAAAGGAAACCCACACAGACACAGGGAGAAUGUGAAAAGUCCACACGGACAGUUGUCUGAGGCUGGAAUCGAACCUGGGACCCUGGUGCUGUGAGGCAGCAGUACUAACCACUGAGCCAGCAUACUGCCCGUUUAUUACUGCAGCGCACAUGAUUAUUUGUUACUCACUCACAGGAUAAGGGCGUCGCUGGAUAACCAGUACUUACUGCCGCUAAAUCUUACCUAGUUGUAAUCUACUAUGGUGACGAAACGUCUGGCAAUAAACCUUCCAACUCAGCGAGCAAACUUACAUCCAGAACCUCAACCUGAGCUACAAAUCUUCUCAAAACUCGCUAAGACUAUGGGUGCAAUAUGUUAAAAAUGCCCCGAAAAUGGGAAACGAAUGCCAUCUGAGAGAGGGCAACCCGUGAACAGCUGUCCUUCCUGUACCAAUGCCAAAGGAAACAGGUCCUGCCUAAAUGUCUUUAAUACAAACCUUCCCUUAACACCCCACUCGCCAUAAGAAUAGCAGAACAAAAUGGCUGCAGAAUGCUUAGAGAAAUGAUUAUUGAUCCCACAACAGACUUUGUAACUACAACCGGGAAAUUUGGUGCCAAACAUCUUUACUGGACAGGCACAGUACAACAAACCAUAGAUAUUAGAGCGCACCAAACAUAGAAAAUGAAAAAGCUAGACCUGCAGAAGAAACUAGACAAACUUACACAAAGUAAUAACACUGACAACACUUACCUUACCGACCCUUAACAGACACUGAAAAAGCCGUCUUAAUAAGAGGAUUACAACUGCCAGAAUGCGGACAAGAAAGAUUUCUUAGCAGCGAUAGAAACAACACUAAAAGACAAUCAACUCACAGAAGAAACCCAACAAACCACCAGCCAGGUAGUCGCACCAACAUUAAGCAGAAGAAAGAAAGGAAACACACUCAAUGCACAAGAAAGGAAUGUACUGGAAAGACUUAAAAAAAAGAUUAAAACAUUGUUAUCAUACCUGCAGACAAAGGACACUUGAUAGUCAUUCUAAAUUGGAGAGACUACAUUGAAAAAGCGAAUGCACUACUUACAGAUACCAACACUUACCAACAAGUGGUGGUAGACCCAAUCCCACAACUAGAGAACUGAAUCACAGCUCUACUCAAAUAACUUCAGAAAGCUGGAAAAAUAAAUAAGACCAACAUCCAAAAAAAUGAAACCGGACAGAUCCAACACACCACGCUUCUACGGAUUACCCAAAAUUCACAAACCAGGAGCCCCCCUCAGACCCAUAGUCUUGCUACCCGGUACACCAACUUACAGAUUAGCCAAGGAGUUAAACCAAAGACUAAAAUACUUAGUAGAAGACUCGCGUUACUCUAUCCACUCCACCCAAUAAUUCCUGAAGACCAUCAAAGACACCAAGAUAGAAGAGGAUGAAAUAAUGGUCUCUUUUGAUGUAACAGCCCUGUUUACAUCAAUUACCAUUAACCUGGCCAAGGAAACACUGACUACACUAUUAGAAGACCCAAAGACACAUACACCAAAUACCACAAACUUCAUCAGCAAGACAGUAUCAUCAAGCUACUGGACCUAUGCCUUACCACACACUUCACCUUCAACAACAAAACCUACAGACAAACUGACGGAACACCCAUGGGAUCUCUGAUAUCGGGGUUCUUAGCAGAGGCAGUAAUGCAGAUACCCGAACAAACAGCUCUGUCAACCAUCCAACCCAGCAUCUACAGGAAAACAACACAUACGGACCAAAUAUUAAACUACAGAAGCAAUCAUCCCAACAUCCACAAAUGAAGCUGCAUCAGAACAUUAUUCCAAUGAGCCAUCUCUCACUGCAGCACAGAGGAACUACACAGAGCAGAGGAAAAUCACCUAUACCGUGUAUUCAAAAAGAAUAGGUAGCCAAUGAACACAGUCUGCAGAUUUCUCAGUAACAAAUCCAAACAAAACGUGUCCAGAAAUCCUAGCCACUCUCCCCUACACCAAAGACAUCUCAGAAAUGACUGCCAGACCACUCAGACCCCUUGGCAUCAUGGUAGCCCAUAAACCUACCAACACACUAAAACAGCAGCUAAUGAUCUUGAAAGACCCUAUACAGACAACAAGCAAAACUAGUGUCAUUUACAAAAUACCUUGCAAGGACUGAAACAAACACUACAUUGGCUAGGCAGAAACCUAGCCACCAGGAUACAUAAACACCAAUUAGCCACAAAACGAUAUAACCCCCCUCUCACUUGUAUCCUUACAUACAGAUAAGAAAGGGCACCACUUCGACUGGGACAACACAUCCAUCCUAGGCCAGGCCAAACAGAGACACACAUGAGAAUUCCUUGAAGCAUAGCAUUCCAACCCGAACUCUAUCAACAAACACAUCGAGUUAGACCCCAUCUACCAACCUCUAAGAAAAAGAACAGGAAAUGGCAUCACCACAGGAAAUGGCAUCACCAACCCAAAGAAGCCCAAACGUAUAAAUUGGAAGCAGGAAUCAUGUACAGUGCUUCACCUGAGGCCCACUGAAGAUGUUACCUAGUAAGGUGACGAAACGUCUGGAAAUAAACCUUCCAGCUCAGUGAGCAAACCUACAUCCAAACCUCCCAUGGUGUUUUUGCUGCAGAAGAGCAGCUGAGAUAGCCCUAGUGUUCUGCCUAAUAUUUUUUCAUCCAUCAACAUUCCAAAAACAUAUUAUCUCAUUGUUGUGAAGAAAUUGAUUGCUGUGUUUCAUACAUUACAUCCGUGAUUGACUGCAACAAAAAUAAAUAAUUGAAAUGCAUUCAGAGUGCAUUAGGAAGUUGUGAUGGAUCCAUUAAAAAUGCAAGUCUCUGGUUUUGAAACAGCCUAAUUUUAAAUUCACUGGGAUGCGUUUUACCCCGGCCCCCAAUCUCCCUUGCCUCAUACCAAUGGAGUUUCCUUUUCUGAUCCUGUUCCCAGCCAUUUUUGGUUUAAAGCUGUGAGCCAGCCCUUUUUUUUUAAGUAAAAAAGGCUGCAUCUGUCACAGACACGCACACACACACACCACACAUGAAUAGAGCGUUGUACAUACAUGUACAAAAUCCGUUUUAGUGCUACAUCAUGACCAAGCAACCAACUGGGCAGCUUCCGAAAAUCCCUGGCUCUUCUGUAAUGACACACGUACCUUCUUCCUUCUACAUUGAAAAUCAGUUGUCCAAUUAAUGUAUGUUUGAUUUGGAAGUUUGAAGAUGGGCUGAACUAUGUAAU